CCGACACGAAUCGGCCGCUCAGCAGACUGAGCCCCCGCCCCGGGCACCUGUCCCAUCCUUCAUUUUAAGCAAAUCUUUAGGUCUGCCCUGAAGCCCUCAGGGUCUAUCCACCCAGCUCUGGCCCAGUCCCUUUGCUGCUGUGGUGGCCUCUCCAGAGGCGGAGGGGUGGCAGUGGCCAAGGUCCAGGACCACCAGCAGUCACCCUGCCACAGCCUGGGACACAGUGCCCUUUGUUCUGGCCCCUCCGCCCCCCCCACCCCCACCCCUCGGUCCCAGGCUCUCUGACCUGGAUUAGCCUGAUCCAGGGGAAAGCCUCGGAGGCCCCUCCUGGAAUGUGGUCUGGGGGUGGGGGGCAGGCGAGGCGCUGAGGUGAGUAGGGCUGGCGGGGUCUCUCCAGGGCAGGGCUGCGCCCCCAGCACCAGUAGGAUCCUCCUCUCCCAUCACCACCAGAGCAGGGCUCUGUGUGUCCUCUGCCCCGUGGAGGGGCCUCAUUAUCUCUCUAGCUCUGCUGGGAGGGCCUGAGACAGGGACCCCCACCGUGGGGUCCAGCCUGGCCCUGUGCUGCGGUCACUGCCCCGUCCCUUCUCCCUUUCCAGGCAAAAGCCUCUUAGCGGGGUGGGGGUGGGGAACACUCUAAGCUCCAGGCCUGAGGGAGUGAGCCGUGGGUGAGUCUGGCCAGUGGCUGAUCUGUAGACAAGCCUGGGGGGGGGGGGUCUUCGGCUGUGCGCCCCCCUCAGGCUAGGCUUCAAGGGGGAACCGGGGUGGGGGGGGCAACCCCUCCCGGAAGGCCUCAGGAGAUGUGAGGCUGGACGCCCAAACCCACAGGACGGCUCAGGUCCCUGGGCAAGGAGUCUUCCAGAGGGAGUCUUCCUGAAGUUCAGGCUCAGCAGAGGCAGCCGCGAUGGGCGCUGGCGGCCCCCGGCGGGGCGCGGGCCCCCCAGACGGCGGCUGGGGCUGGGCGGUGCUGGGCGCCUGCUUCGUGAUCACCGGUUUCGCCUACGGCUUCCCCAAGGCGGUGAGCGUCUUCUUCCGCGCCCUUAUGCGCGACUUCGGCGCGGGCUACAGCGACACGGCCUGGGUGUCCUCCAUCAUGCUCGCCAUGCUCUACGGCACGGGUCCGGUCUCCAGCAUCCUCGUGACCCGCUUUGGCUGUCGCCCGGUGAUGCUGGUGGGUGGGCUAUUGGCCUCGGCGGGCAUGGUGCUAGCAUCCUUCGCCACGCGCCUCCUGGAGCUAUACCUGACGGCUGGGGUGCUCACAGGCCUGGGCCUGGCCCUCAACUUCCAGCCGUCGCUCAUCAUGCUGGGGCUGUACUUCGAGCGGCGGCGGCCCCUAGCCAACGGGCUGGCGGCGGCGGGCAGCCCCGUGUUCCUGUCGGCGCUGUCGCCGCUCGGCCAACAGCUGCUCGAGCACUUCGGCUGGCGCGGCGGAUUCUUGCUGCUCGGCGGCCUCCUGCUGCACUGCUGCGCUUGCGGCGCCGUCAUGCGGCCGCCGCCGGGACCCGGCCCGCGGCCGCGCGGGGACAGCGCGGAGGACGCUCCCGGGGAGGCGGAAGCGGACCGCGCCGGGCUGCGCCUGCGCGAGGCGCCCCCUGGCGGCCGGACCCGCCGCCGCCUGCUGGACGUGGCCGUGUGCGCCGACCGCGCCUUCGGGGUGUACGCCAUCACCAAGUUCCUGAUGGCCCUCGGCCUCUUCGUGCCCGCCAUCCUGUUGGUGAACUACGCCAAGGACGCGGGCGUGCCGGACGCCGACGCCGCCUUCCUGCUGUCCAUCGUGGGCUUCGUAGACAUCGUGGCGCGGCCAGCGUGCGGCGCCCUGGCGGGCCUGGCGCGCUUACGACCUCACGUCGCCUACCUCUUCAGCCUGGCCCUGAUGGCCAAUGGCCUCACGGACCUGAGCAGCGCGCGCGCGCGCUCCUACGGCGCCCUUGUCGCCUUCUGCGUCGCCUUCGGCCUCUCGUACGGCAUGGUGGGAGCGCUGCAGUUCGAGGUGCUCAUGGCAGCCGUGGGGUCGCACCGCUUUCCCAGUGCUCUGGGCCUGGUGCUGCUCGUCGAGGCCGUGGCUGUGCUCAUUGGACCCCCCUCUGCCGGCCGCCUGGUGGACGCCCUGAAGAACUACGAGAUCAUCUUCUACCUGGCCGGCUCUGAGGUGGCCCUGGCUGGGAUCUUCAUGGCUGUGGCCACCAAGUGUUGCCUGCGCCGCUCUAAGGACACCCCGCCCAGCCAAGGCGCCCAGGGCGGGGCCAGCGACACUGAGGACGCUGAGGCCCAAGAGGACGCUGAGGCCCUGCCCGCCGGCGCUGAGGAGCCCGGCAGCCUCCAGGCCCUGGAGGCGCCAAGCCCCGGGGCUGGGCCGGGGGAACCAAAGGCGGAGGCAGAGCCGGGCGUGGACCCCGAGUCUGUAUAGCUUGGGGGGGCACUAGGCGAGGUGGCUGGUGACUUUGGGAACGGGGCCGACCCUCUCAGAGCCCUGGCUGUCCCGAGGGGGCCUGGAGCACUUCAGGCUGCUCUGCAGAGGUCGCCCCUGGGGCCCUGGGUGGGCCGCCUCCCUCGUCUGCCCAGCAGGCCGCGGCCAGGCCCUGCCCUCGCUCGGUGGAGCAGCUGUGCACCACCAGGGGCCGGGCCUGCAUGAAACUCAAGUGCAUAAAGCUCCGCUGCGA